UGCAUGUUUACCAUGCUGGUCAGACAGCAAUGAAAAGCUGUUGGAAGAGCUUUAAAACCUUUUAAAACACAAGAUUGUCAGUCGCAAGGUUACUUGAUCUGGACAUGCUAAUUUCCGCAACUGCACUGUGUACUUUAUGCGAUAGAUUGUAAUAUAUCUUGCCUUCUUUGCGAGCAAACGCUUGCCAGUGCUUGGCACUGUUUUCUUGGUGCCCUCUUUCUUAAGUGGUUAGAAAUUACACUUUAAUUUGCACAACUUUAAGUUUAAAAUGGGUGGCACAGACCUAAAACGUGACCCAGACACUAUAUAUUUAGAGAUCGUAUGUGAAAACAAGCAAUACUCCUUACCUUUGCACACAUCUAUCACUUUAUUUCUUCUUUCCUACUGCGAGAGCACAUCUUUUCGUGCCAUCCUUCUGUGCCCGGAAUCAGGUGAGCAGUGGAAAUGGUUAGGUGACUUGCCAUCAACCCUCGCAGCAGAGCAGCUACAGUUGCCAGACCCUCCGGCGUUAGUCAGGGCUUGUAGGUUGCCAGCAGUGUUGGAGGCCGAUGGGAGGUUUUGUAGAGCAGGGUUGGCAGUGGUGAUGAGGAACAUUGUGCAGAAGACCAGCAAAGACAGCCCUGGAGACCUGAACAUUUCUUCUUUGCUGGGAUUCAAGAACACCUGCCUCAAAGCCUGUGCAGAGGUCAGUCGGUGGACGCGUCUGUGUGAGCUUGAGAUCCCCUGUGCGGUGGAGGAACACCUGGGCAGCCCUGCACAGUACUCUAUCCCCCCUGCCGUAUUGCUCCUGGAGAAGAGGCUAGGAGAGCCAGUCAAGGUCCACAAUGACGACAAGCUACGCAGGCAGAAGCUUCAACAGCAGACGACAAGUCAGUCCGCAUUACAGGAGGACGAUGGCUCUGGUGGUGCUGUUGGCUCAGGAGUUGAACUCGACGCUGCUAUGGCCAAACUGACCACAGAUGGAACUACUGACGCUGAUUUGAAGAAGCCUGCUGACAUCAGGAGGGUGAAGACAACACAGCUGCCAGAGCUGGAGCAUCAGUUUGCUGAGGGGCUCUACUUCACGCUCACAGACGUGGUCCUGCUACCCUGCAUUCAUCAGUACCUGAGUUCCCUCCAGGAGCACUCUCCUCAUGCAUUGGCGAGUAUUCCCCUCCUCUUGCGCUGGUACUCUCGAGUGCAGGACGUGCCUGGCGUCCGCAAAGCUGCUGAACGCUGUGGGAUGACUCUGUUCAUGCCUCAGCCCUCCCCGUCUGGUGCGGUGCUACCUGAGCUCGCGACACCUGCUGAGGAACUGGAGCCAGAGAGUGCCCAGCCAGAGAAGACGCCCUUCGUUGGAGGACCAAGGCCCACGCUCACUAAACUCAAGGACAGUGGCAUUGAAGCAGUGUUCUCUCCCCAUCCAUGCCCAGACUGGACUGUCCCAUGGGAAGAUCUGCCAACUGCCGUGAACCCCAGCACAGGAAAGAUGUCAGACACUCGUGCCAUACGCAAAUGCCAGCAGCUCAACAACCUUGUUGCCAUGGUAACUCAGCUGGUUCACCCGGGAGACACUGUAGUGGACUUCUGCAGUGGUGGGGGUCAUGUGGGGAUUGUACUUGCACACAUGCAUCCUCAGUGUCAGGUUAUCCUGGUGGAGAAUAAGGAGGAGUCUCUUGUCAGAGCCAGGGAAAGAUGCACUACAUUAAAUCUUACAAACAUCGGCUUCAUUCAGGCCAACCUGGAUUACUACAUUGGAUCGUUCCAAAUAGGGGUUGCACUGCACGCGUGCGGAGUUGCCACAGACAUGGUUCUGGAGCGCUGUCUUCAAGCUGGAGCUGCGUUCGUCAUCAGUCCCUGUUGCUAUGGUUUCAUCCAAAACACACAGAAGUUCACUUUUCCUCGCAGCCAAAUGUUCUCGAAGGUACUGGAAUACAAGGAGCACAUGAUCUUGUGUCGGUUUGCAGACCAGACAGCAGUCCAGCUUCCAGAGGAUCGACGCAAAAUUGGGAAGAGCUGCAUGGGGCUGGUAGACCUGGACAGGAGCCAGGCCGCGGAGACGCGAGGCUACUCGGUCAGGGUGAUGACCAUGGAGCCGGAGAGCUGCUCUCCCAAGAACAACAUGUUGGUCGGACAGCCAAGACCCAGACACAUCAUUUGAUAUGUGAUAUGUUUGGUAUUUUAUUAAGAUCCCCAUUAGCUGAUAUCAGCUAAUGUAGAUCUGACUUAUCAGCUACUCUUCCUGGGGUCCACACAGAACAUAAAACAAACAAGACAUUAAUAUACAAGACAACAUAGACAGCAACAAGACCUCAGCACAGCAUAUCAUUAAUGGCUUACUGUCAAGCUGAUAUCUUGUGGACAUGGACUAUGCCAGAGUUUUAUUUCUUUUUAUCAAUGUUAGGGAUUAACAAAGAGUGGACAUGUACAAUGAGUGAAAUGCCCUUAUGUAUAUUUGUUUUUAUGCCUUUAUUUGCCUUAUAAAAACUUUUAGCAAUAAAAACAGAUUUUUCA